AUGGGACAGGCCACCCCUGGAUUAAGAGCCAUCAUGAAUUCAACCCCUAUGACAGAACCAGAACACCAAGGCUAUGAGAACCACACAAACCAGACUACAGUUCCACCAGAGAUGUGCAGAGAUGUGCCAUGCAUUUUCUAUGCAGUGGUGAAUGUCAUCAUCUUCAUCCUGGGUGUUGCUGGAAAUGGUUUGGUGAUCUGGAUUGCAGGGUUUAAGGUGAAGAAAUCUGUCAAUGCGAUCUGGUACUUGAGUCUGGCUGUGUCUGAUUUCCUCUUCUGCUCCACCCUGCCCUUGGGGAUUGUUGAUGUUGUCAAAAAUGAUUGGAUCUUUGGGCUUUUCAUGUGCAAGCUCAUAUUCUUCAACAUGUACUUAAAUUGGUUCAGCAGCAUCUUCCUCCUCGUCAUCAUCAGUGUGGACCGCUGUGUGGUUGUUAUGUUUCCUGUGUGGGCUCAGAACAAGCGCACUGUAAGAAAGGCCUCUGUGAUAGUCAUGCUAGCCUGGGUCAUCUCAGCAGCACUUAGCCUACCAUCGGCCUUUUACCUAGUUGUUAAAUAUGAUGACCACAACAUGACAACUAUUUGUGACAGAAAUUACAAGAGCGAUCAAGAGAAAACUGUGGAUGUGGUGUGCAAAUUCAUUUUUGGAUUCUUGAUCCCGUAUCUGAUCAUUAUCAUCUGUUAUUUUGUCAUUAUUCGAAAGCUGAAGUCCAACCAGAUGGCGACGUCCAAAAAGCCAUUUAAGAUCAUGACGGUGCUGAUUAUUACUUUCUUGAUCUGCUGGCUGCCUUAUAACACUUUUGCUUUGAUGGAACUAGACUAUGAAAAAUACAAGAGUUUUCACCUGUCAGGAUUAACAGUUGUUGUCGUUCUUGCUAAUGCUAACAGCUGUCUGAACCCAUUUCUUUAUGCUUUCAUGGGGAAGGACUUUAAGGACCAAUGUUAUGCACUUCUGUCCAAGAUUGAGAAUGCAAUAGCAGAAGACGGGGACCAGUACAAAGUCCGAGGCACAGUUCUUACCACCUCUGGGGAAAGCAAACUUUCAACUACUGUCUGA